CACCCCACUAGCACUUGACUGCACAUUCAGAAACCAUAGAGGCAAAGUGCUCAUUAUCUCCACCGUACCUUUUUGCUUUCCCGUAUUAUAUCGGGAGUUUGGGAACACCUACCAUCCGAAGAUUAGACAACGGGGCACUGCUCUUCAGCUAUAUAAACCUGGAUAUACAAUGUUUCGAUGGAGUGUUCAAGUAAUGGAAAGGCUAGAGAGGAUCAGGGGAAGAAGCAAGAAGAUGAAUUCCAAGAUAGUAGGCAGGACUUCAUUGCUUGUUCUUCUUCUCAUUGUUCUGUUAGGGCUUUUGGAGGAAAGGAGAUAGCGAACGAAAAGGCUCACAAGGUGCAUCCCAGUGCUGCUUCUGAAAACCGAGCAAUUGGUUCUAGAGACAUGGUUAAGACAAACGACUACGGACGCUACGACCCGAGUCCGGCAUUUUCCAAGCCUCGCUUCAAGCUUAUACCUAACUGACUGACUGCUAGUUUGCUUUGUGGAGUGAUGUUAUAUACUUUUCACAAGCAUAUAACAUCACUCCAUAUAUCUACUGAGCGACGUGAAACUUGUUAACAAUAAUAUAUAUUACAUAGAUAGAUGGCAUAUGUGGAGUGAUGUUAGAUGCUUGUGAAAAGUAUAUAUGGAUCAUAGAUGGAUCCCAGACAUAGUCGUGUGUACUACAAUAUAGGUAACUUGUGUAAUAUCGAUGGCCUCAGUGCCUCUACUGAAUAUACUCUGCUGACUGCUUGUUCUAGUGUAGACAGUUGUCAGUGCUUCAGUUUGGUGAAACGUUAUGAUGUUGAAUCUUU